AAACAAGUCGCAUAUCUGUGCAAUGUCUUCGAACAAGAAGGAUGCCGCCAUAAUAAGCCGGAGUACAGUGUUCCUGUGGUGAUUCAACAAGAAAUCAUGUCCAGUACGCUGCGUUCGCACCCUAGCGGCGUCGCUGGCCUACCGUCUUCGGGAACGAACGCACCGAUGCUAGCUUUCUCCGACGAUGUACAAAUCGUUUGCCUACAUGGCGGGUAUAGAAUAACGGCGGCGAGAAAAUUUUGA